UCCUGUUUCAUGGGAAUCUACAUAACCUGUUCGCAACUGCUAGGUCGCGUUAAGUUUAAUCUACGAUAGUUUCGCAUUACCUUAUAAUAUUCAUUACAACAACAUUAAUCUCGUUCUUGGCUUUCAGUAAACAAAACAGUCGAUCUUAUUUUAGUAUUAUUCGAUUUGAAGAAGAGAAGAUGGGAUUUAUUUGUUUUUUACUACUUGUCUUUAGUUUAAGUUCAACGCUGGCACAGACUACACCACCGGCCAAGACUUUACCACCGGCCAAGACUACACCACCGGCCAAGACUACACUACCGGCCAAGACUACACCACCGGCCAAGACUACACUACCGGCACCGACUAUACCACCGGCACCGACCACAGCACCACCUCCAAGUUGUGAACGCAAAAAUGCCACUAAUUGUGAAGAAUGCUUGGCAAAUGUGUCUUGUCUAUGGUGCAUCAAGACUAAAAGUUGUUUGACAUACCCUUCCAAAAGUAUCUUGCCCCCCCAAGCCCUCUGCCCACUCAAUGAUGCUCGCUGGGGUCUUUGCUCAAUGAACUUCCAGAGCUUGAUAAUUGCAUUGUCGGUGAUUGGGGCAAUCCUCAUCAUUGCCUUUUUUAUCUGCAUAUUCUGUUGCUGCAAGUGUGAGAACAUUGGAUCUUCUCGAUUUGACAACAAGAUGAACCGGCGGGCAGACAAAACAAAGACAAAACAAGAGCAAAGAAAAGAAGAGUUAAAGAUAAGACAUGACGAGAUUCGACAAAAAUACGGUCUCAGCAGAGCGAGUCCGUACGCCAGAUUUGAAAAUCCCAACUAAUCGGUUUCAAUGUUUUAUGGAUAAAUUCUUUAACCGUUUGAAAGGAAUUAACAGGAAUGAGAAUCUACAGUUACAGAAUACAACUUUAUGAGCCAUUCCACCGAACCGGUGCCAUUUGCAUGUUGUAACUCGUCAAAAUUGAAGUUCAUUUUUAUCUUUUUUCAACACUGAAUGUAGUAACACUACAGUUUUACUAUUUAAAAUGGGAAUUGGUCAAUCUCUGCUUUUAACAUGAUUUCUUAAUGGACGUAUUUUAGCUGAGAGUUUUUAGCAUAGAUUUAGCAAAUACAUAAAAUAUAACUGAAUAUAUGUGCUAAUAGUAUGAAAACACUAAGCGAGUUUUAUAAUGAAUAUACAGAAAUAAAAAUAAGAAAAUUAACUUUUGAUGUUGUCAUGGCCUUCAGAAGAUCCAGAUGAUGUAACUUCCUGUUGAAAAUCUGUCUAGUGGAAUAUUCCUAUAUAGUUUUUCAGAGGGGGAAGCGAUUUGGAAUGACAGGAUGGAGUGAAAUUCUGGGGACAUGGCUAAAAUGUGUAUUUUAUCUAAAGUAUUAUGAUUUUUUUUAUAUUUAAAGCAAAUAUGAGUUAUGGAGACACAAAAAUGUAUAAAAAAGAUAUCUGAACGGAUUUAUGCUUAUAUUUAAAGGUUAACCUUAGAUAGAGAGCGGGAUGCAUAACAAAUGCUAUUUUUUCAGUGUUCUAUGUAGUUUUUAUUAAUGUUUUAAAUUAAAUAGUUAAAAUUUGCUGUUUGAUUGGUGUGAAGGACACUUUGCUUAAUUAAGUUAAGCUUUUUUAUAAUUAGUUUUUUUGCAUUUAUACAUAAAAUGUCCUGGGAACACAAAUGUUACCAAUUCAGUGGAAUGGCUCUUAUAUUUCUUAUUCAGUUAUUUUAUUCUGUAUAUUUUUACUUUCUAAGGUAGGCUGACCUUCCAGAAUGAUGGUUACCUUUUUAUGUAUUAAUACAAACUGCCUGUAUUUAUUUAUAUGAAUUAAACGCCUAUGUUUUAAAGUUGUAAUAAGCAUAGUUGUUUCUGCCAGAUAGUGAUAAAGCUUAGAUCUUCAAAAUGCUGAUUCAGCAGAGUCCCACUAGCAAUGAAUGGGGUCGGCAUCUGGGGGCUGUGUGGCCUUACACAUUUUUCUCAUGGCGAUUGGGCUGUUUAGUUUCCAUGCCUCGUGAAUGAUAGCACAUUCAUUUAAAAUUAACAAAAUAAAGCCUCAUUGUAAUUUAAAAGUAGAUGCUAACUAUGGCUCUGUAUUUACAUAUAAAAGAGGUUUCGGUAACCUAAACUACACUCUUAAAAAUAAAGGUGCUUAAAAGGUUCUUCACAGCAUAACCUUUUUUGGUUCCUCAAAGAACCAUUUAAUCAAAGGUUCUUUAAACAACCUUUUUUUUU